UGCCAUAAUAGAAUCAUAAUGGUUUGAAAAAGUAUCAUCCUCCACAAUUUAGCCGAAUGGAAAGUCUAAGCAUUCCCAUCUUAAAUAAAACAAUUAAAGUGUUUCAUACUCUCAAACAUGUUUCAGUUUUAUUUAUUUAUUUUUCUUUUUGGUACUUAAAUCAGUUUUUCUUUUCUCUUUAACUCUCUUUCUUCUCCAACCCCACCAACCAAGAAAAGUUUCCUCACUGUACUGCUUUUUUGCUUGAUCAGUUUGGUUUGCAGCAGCAACCUUUGAUCAUCCAUGCUAAUUCUAUUGGUGGGAAAAAAAAAAUGGUGUUUUGGCUGAUAAUUCUACUAUUAGAAUUACUUUUAACCGCCAAUGCUUUCUCUUUUCAUGGAUCUGCAGACAAGUUUAUCAACAUACAUAAUGUCAUGAGGCCUCCAAGUAUAGCACUUCCACCAUCUAUGUCAUCUUCUGGAGCUCCCUCAAGGAAAUGGGCUCAUGGUCCUCUAUCUUCCCCUGCAAUUUCUCAUCAUAAACAUCAUCACAAAAGGAGAAAAUUCAACACCUCUGCUUCAGACCCACUUCAUCCUACUUACACCCAACAAGGUCCUUCAGUUUCUCCUUUCCAAUCACCCUUUCCUUCACCAAGGAUAUGGUCUUCACCAGAAUCAGCACCUGCAGAGUCACCAACAACUUCCUCUAGCCACUAUAAUAUGCCCAUUCUUUCGCCUACAGUUUCUCCAUUGGGUUCCUCCCUCAAGAAGCUAAAGGCUCCACCACCAUCACCACUUUUAGCAUUACCACCUCCACCUCCCAAUACAGAUUGUUCAUCAGUGACAUGUACAGAACCUCUGACAUACACACCAACUGGAACACCCUGUGGUUGUGUGUUGCCAAUUCAAGUAAAACUCCACCUAGGCAUUCCAAUAUCCACAUUCUUCCCUUUAGUCUCAGAACUUGCAGAGGAAAUAGCAGCUAGUGUUGCACUCAACUACAGCCAAGUCCGCAUUAUGGGAGCGGAUGCGGCCAGCCAGCAGCUAGACAAAACCGCCGUCCUUGUUAACUUGGUACCUAGAGGAGUUAAAUUUGAUUACAUAACCGCAUUUCACAUCUACGACAAAUUCUGGCGCAGACAGAUUUUGAUAAAGGAUUCACUUUUUGUUGCCUAUGAAGUUCUAUAUGUCCACUAUCCAGGUCUUCCUCCUUCUCCUCCUCCAUCCCCUUUGAGCAUUUCUACUAUAGAUGACGGGCCAUACAGAGGUCAAGACACCAAUGGAAUGGCAAUGAAACCUAUAGGAGUUGCUGUGCCUAGGAGAAAACAUAAUGGCCUAGGCAGAAGCACGAUUGUAAUAAUUGUUGUCUCAUCUUUCACAGCCUUUGUUGUAUGCUUAGUAGUUGUUUGGCUUUUGUUAGUGAAAUUCGGUUUUCGCAACCACCGAACUGAAGAUAUUCCACAAGCUUUGAUUCGCUCCCCUGCAAAAACAACAGGAGCUGCGAGGUCUGCGGUUGGAAGCAAGCAGGGUUCUGAAUCGAUGUCAUUUAGUUCCAGCACAAUGACUUACACCGGAUCCGCCAAGAUUUUCUCAUUGAACGAGAUAGAGAGGGCCACCAACAACUUUGAUGCCUCAAGAGUGCUUGGAGAAGGUGGUUUUGGGCUGGUCUACAGUGGAACUUUAGACGAUGGAAGGAAAGUGGCCGUGAAGAUUCUCAAAAGGGACGAUCAUCACGGCGGUCGAGAGUUUCUAGCAGAAGUAGAGAUGCUUAGCCGUCUUCACCACAGAAAUUUGGUCAAACUGUUUGGUAUUUGCACAGAAGGCCAGACUCGUUGCCUAGUCUAUGAAAUUGUUCCAAAUGGAAGCGUUGAAUCCCAUUUACACGGUAUUGACAAGGAAGCUGAUCCACUUGACUGGGACGCAAGAAUGAAGAUUGCGUUGGGCGCAGCUAGGGGCUUGGCCUAUUUGCAUGAAGACUCAAACCCACGUGUUAUACAUAGAGACUUCAAAUCAAGCAACAUCCUAUUGGAACAUGACUUUACACCAAAGGUCUCAGAUUUUGGAUUGGCCAGAUCAGCAUUAGAGGGUAACAGACACAUCUCAACCCAUGUUAUGGGAACUUUCGGUUACUUAGCCCCGGAAUACGCCAUGACCGGGCAUCUUCUCGUAAAAAGUGAUGUGUACAGCUAUGGAGUUGUCCUUCUUGAGCUACUAACAGGAAGAAAACCAGUGGACUUGUCCCAGCCUCCAGGGCAGGAAAACCUCGUGGCUUGGGCUCGUCCACUCCUCACAAGCAAAGAAGGCCUAGAAAUCAUGAUAGACUCGGCCAUAAAAUCCGAAAUGAUCUCACUUGAUAGUGUGGCUAAAGUGGCUGCAAUUGCCUCAAUGUGUGUCCAACCAGAAGUGUCUCACCGCCCUUUCAUGGGAGAAGUUGUUCAAGCCCUCAAGCUGGUUUGCAAUGAGUUUGAUGAGACAAAAGGGUUGGGCUCAAGAUCCUAUUCCCAAGACGAUUUUUUGGCUGAUACUGAUCAGAGUAAGACCAAGACAGUUUCUGGUGAGAUCGUGGAAGCGUCGCCAUCGACAACGACGCGUUCACACGAUCAUCAUCAACAUCAACAUCAACAGUUUUUCGUGUCGGGUUCGACUCAUGAUGUAGCACAGCUUUCGACAUCAGGUUUGUUGAGUGCGUCAGUGGGAGUUGAAGAGCAGGAAAUGGGGUCUUUCAGGAGGUAUUCUAGUUCCGGGCCGCUGAGGUCGGAAGGGAGGAGAACGAGAUUUUGGAAGAGGUUGAGAAGCUUGUCAUGGGGAAGUAUGAGUGAACAUGGAUUGCCAUUGAAAAUAAGGCCAGGAUCUCGUUGAAGUUCUCUUGAUUAUUUGUCGUUUCAAAAUAAGAGCCUAUUUAUUUUCUACCAUAGAAACUUCUCCAUCUCUUCCAAGUUGGCGUUUUCUUUCUUCAAGAGACAUUUGAGCAAAUAUUGUGAGAAGCUUAUGGUAAGAUUUUGGCUCUGGAGUUUUCAACAAUGAGCCUUUUUGUUAA